AUGAAUAACAAAGAGGACUUGUUGAAAAUAUGUUUACCUUGUUCGGUAUCAUUAAUAAAAUUACCAACUUCUGAAAUAAAUAAGUGGAGAAAAAGAACAACUGAACGAAAUUAUUCUUGUCGUGGUCGUCAAGUAUUUGAUUCAUCAUUAUUAUCGCAUGUGUUGGAUGACUCAUCAAGUUCAAUCGAUUUGGAUAAUGGUAAUAUUAAUAAAAAUGAUGACAAUUCUUUAAUUCAACAACAAACAGAAUUUAAAAAAAUUAACACUUGUCCAGAAUUUAAAUUGAUAAAUGAUGAUGAUGAUGAUACUUUGUUACCCACAAUUACCUCAAAUUCAAUUGUUGUUGAAUCGUUAUCCGAUAUACAUGACAAUAAAGAUGAUAUUAAUAAAGAAGAUGUACCAGCAGGAUGGAAGUAUAAAAAAAAGGACGAAUUAAUUUCAGAAUCAACAACCAACAAUACAAUAAUGUAUAAUAAAAAUGAAAAUCCAGUUCCAAUAGAACAACAAUCUCCGACACUAGUCAAUCGUCAGUUGGAAAAUAUUGAUACAGAUAGCAAUAAAAAGUCUUUAAAUAAAUCUUGCCAUUUAAUUAAAGAAGUAAGAAUAAUUUCACCACGUUUAGAAGAAAUAGAUGAUCCACAUGUACGGCAAUGGCAGUUGAAAACAGCUUCUGCUGCCAAUAUUAAAGCUGCUGCUGCAACAACAAUAACAACAGCUACAACUACAACUACUAUUACUACUACUACUACUACUACUACUACUACUACUACUACUGUUAUUGUACCAAGUAAUAGUACUAUUACUAAAACUGAUGUGACCACCACUACCAAUAGCAAUGAAUCUCAAUUUCAAUUAGCAUCGACAUCACACAAUGAUAUUACAUCAAAAAAAAUAAUUGAUAAAUCUAGUAAGAAUAUGUCAAAAAAUGGUCAAAGAACAAAGCGUAAACUUGAACCAAAAUCUAAAACUUUAGAUUGUAAUGUUUGUUCAAGAAUAUUUGACAGUACAGAAGAAUUAGCAGAACACAUUUAUACACAUACAGCUCGUGAGCUACAACAGAGAUUUGUGCUAGCUCAACAGGAGAAACAGCAACAGCAAAUUCAAGAAAUAUCUAAUAGUCAGGAGAGUAAAAAUUUAAAUAAUAAUGAUGAUGACGAUGACGAUGAUGAUGAUGAUGAUGUACUAUUAAUUGACGAAUCUUGCCAAAAAUUUGAUAACAACGUACAAUUACCGAUUUUAAAUCAAACAAAAAUAGUAACAACAAUAUUACCAUCAUCAUCAUUAGCGGUAGAAUCUGAAAAAACAAAUUCUAAAGUAACUAUUUGUUAUUGUCACAACAAUUAUAAAAAUAAUGAGUGUCAUGUUCAAAUAGAAAUGGUAUUAUUUUGUGAAAUAUGCCGUAUAUUUUACCGACGUGGUGAAUGUUUUGAAACUCAUUAUCGAACUAGUCCAAAGUGUAAUGAGAACAGUGGAGGACGAAGUCGUAGAUUAGUUAAAUUAUUUUGUAUUACAUGUGAUAUAGUUUUUGAUGAAUUAACAAAUAUGCGUCAACAUAUUGAAGAACAUGUCAGUAUUGAUACUAAUAAAUCAAUUACCAUUGUUUGUAAUAUUUGCAAAGUUGUAUUUAGCAGUAUCGGAACAAUAUUUAACAAUCAUUGGUAUAAUCAUGUACGAGAUCCUAUGUUUAUUGCCAUAGUAGAACCUUCAAAACUUGCUCCAAUUAUUUCUAAAUGUGCCACAAGAGAAAAUAUAGUCGUACCAAACUUUAUUUUAAACAAUAACAAUAAUAAUCAAAACUCGAAUAUUGUAUCUUCAGUUGUUGACUCAACAGAGAAUUUAAACUUUGCUCCUUUAUCUAAAAUCAUCACUAAUAAUAAUAAUAAUAAUAAUAAUAAUAACAAUAGCUCACUGAUAACUAAAUUUAAUAAUAUAUCAACAAAAGAACCACCUACAUACAAUAAAAAUGUUGAAUUAAUCGUGAAUAAUCAAAGACAAAUUCAACCUUCGGUAGAGUUUAUUAAUGUUGUUAAAAAUUUUAACAAAAAUAGUAAUUCUGUAAUAAAUAGUCAUAAAACAAAAACAACUUGUGAUGAUAAAAAUGAAAUAGCAUCAAAAAAACCCUCACAAUCACCAGUAAAUACUAAAACUCAAAAUUAUUUGCAUUAUAAUAAUAUUGAAAACACUAAACCUAAUAAUAUUGAAGAAAUUAUCUUAAUGGAAGAAACACCACCACCACCACCACCACCACCAACAACAACAACAACAACAGCAGUAGCAGAGACAACUUUAGAUAACAACUAUGAUAUUGAAGAAGAUAUUACGGAUGAAACAAACUAUUUGGAUAAACCGAAAAAAUUUUUGCGCGUUAAAAAUUUUUCAGAGUUACAAGCGGUAAAAAAUUUUAUUUGUCAACAUUGUAAAGCAGCAUUUGAAAACGUAACCUCAUUAAAUGAACAUUUGAUUGGACACACAAGUACAUUAACUAAAAAUCUAAAAGGACAGAUUCCAACUAUGAAAGCUGCUUUAAUAUUACCAGUUAAUGUUCCUGAUAAUAAUACUGCUGUAACUACAACAAAAGUCACAUCGAUGAUUAUGAAUUUUUCAAUACCAAAAACUAGUUCAGCCACUAUUAAUUCAACAACAACAACAACAACUGUAAGUAGUAUUCCAACAAUAAUUGAAAAAAAUUCCGAUUUAAAUUCUAAUAAAGGAAAUUCAUCAUCAAACACUACCGGUAAUAAAAUCCACAAGGAUAAUCAAAAAUCAUUUGCUGUCAUCAUGGCAUGUCCUGUAUGUCUUAGUUAUCAGUGUCAAAAACAAGAAGAUCUCGUUGAACAUCUAUCAAGUGUUCACUGUACUAAUACAAAUGAUAUAAACACUUUAUCAACACAACCAUCAUCAUCUUUAUCUUCUUCUUCAUCAUCAUCAUCAUCAUCAUCAUCAUCGUCGUCGUCAUCGUCAUCAUUAACGGUUGUUGCAAGUUCAAAUGAAAAACAAAAAAUGUUUAGUUGUAAAUUUUGUAAAUUUGAUACGUUGGAUAAAAAUAAAAUAAUUCAACAUGUUCUUCAACAUAAUAUAACUACGACUGCUGCUGUUGUAGCUACUGAAACUCAAGUUAAACCUUCAGCUGGUGGUGAAUCAUUAUCACAAUCGCCAUCAAAUCAAAUACAAUUUACGCCUGUCAACAAUACAAAUAAUGUUAGCAAUAUUAUAAUAAAACCAAUAACAGCAGCAGCAACAACUACAACAACAAUUAAUUGUCCACAUAAUUGUCCUAUUUGUAUAAGUUAUCAAUCGAAUUCAUUAGAUGAUUUAAAUCAACACAUGAGAAUGAAUCAUUAUUCUUGUUUACAGGGUAAUGGUUUAUUACUUUGUUUACAAUGUCCAUUUUUACAGGGUUUUCAGGGCCCAGAAGCGUUAAAGAAACAUAAAGAUACUAGAUAA